AUGAGUUUACUGCGAAUGAAUUCUUUCGUCGGUAAAAAUAGAUCAUUAGAACGGUUAAAACAAACACUAAACAUACUAUCCAUUCGUAACCAGAGACAGUUAAGUACCACUCAACAAGGCAGUAAAUAUACUCUUGGAUUCAAGAAAUAUCUAAAACUUCAAAAUGGGGAGGUUGGCUCAUUUUUCCAUGAUGUACCUUUAGAUCUAAAUGAACAUGAAAAGACUGUAAAUAUGAUAGUGGAAGUCCCUAGAUGGACUACUGGAAAGUUUGAAAUAUCCAAAGAACUGAAAUUCAAUCCCAUUAUACAAGAUACGAAAAACGGUAAGCUUAGAUUCGUAAACAACAUUUUCCCAUAUCAUGGCUAUAUACAUAACUAUGGUGCCAUUCCACAAACGUGGGAAGAUCCGACAAUCGAGCAUAAGUUGGGAAACGGCGACUUGGCUUUGAGAGGUGACAAUGAUCCUCUUGAUUGCUGCGAAAUUGGUUCAGACGUUUUGGAAAUAGGUUCCGUAAGAAGGGUUAAAGUAUUAGGAUCACUAGCUUUGAUUGAUGAUGGUGAAUUGGAUUGGAAAAUCAUAGUAAUCAGUGUAAACGAUCCCUUAUAUCCUAAACUUAAUAAUCUGGAGAAUGUUCAAGAGCAUUUUCCUGGGAUUUUGGAUGCUACCAGAGAGUGGUUUAGAAAAUACAAAGUUCCAAUGGGGAAACCAUUGAAUAAAUUUGCCUUCCGUGAACAAUAUAUGGACUCCGACAACGCCAUCAAAACUAUAAAGGAAUGUAAUAACUCGUGGCGUAAACUCAUAUCAGGAUCACUACAGGCCAAGUACGACAACCUGCCAAAUAUAGAAAGGGCCGGUAAAGGUAUUACGCUCAAAGAUAGUAGUAAGCCUCCUUCUGAAAUACCACCUGAGGUACAGAAAUGGUACUAUGUUUAG